AUCAGUCGAUCUAUUUAUAUAAUACCACUGUCAACCAGUCAGUUUUUUUAAACUACUGCGGCAACAACCGUUGAAUGAAAAACCCGAACACUCGACGUUAUUUCUAAAAAACAUGUCAAACUUAACUGAGUGUAAUUCUAAACAGGAAAUACGAAGCAAUAUGCCUCCCAAACAAACUACAACAGCCCGAACCAGAGUUCAUGGUAUCGAAAUUUUGCGAGAUCCAGUCCUAAACAAAGGAAUGGCCUUCACGUUAGAAGAACGUCAAAUGCUCGGCAUCCAUGGACUCCUGCCCCCCGCUCUGCUGGACCAGGACCAGCAGGUGUACCAGAUCAUGCAGAACUUCCACCGCUGGGAGAACGACCUUGACCGCUUCAUCUUCAUGCAGGGCGUGCAGGACCGCUCGGAGAAGCUCUUCUACCGCGUCAUCACGGAGAACGUCGAGCUGAUGAUGCCCAUCAUCUACACGCCAACGGUGGGCCUGGCCUGUCAGAAGUACGGCAUGAUCUUCAGGAAGCCCAGAGGCUUGUAUAUCACAAUUCAUGAUCUGGGCCAUGUCUAUGAUAUACUGUGUAACUGGCCAAUAGAUGAUGUGAAAGCUAUUGUGGUAACAGAUGGAGAGAGGAUCCUGGGCCUUGGUGACCUGGGGGCGUACGGCAUGGGGAUCCCUGUAGGCAAGUUGUCUCUCUACACUGCCUGUGCUGGCAUAAAACCCCAGCACUGUCUACCAAUCACUAUUGAUGUCGGCACCAAUAACACAGAUCUGCUAAAUGAUCCGUUAUAUAUUGGUCUUAGACAGAAGCGAGAGACAGGACCCAUGUAUGAUCAACUUAUUGAUGAAUUUAUGCAAGCUGUUGUUAAAAGGUAUGGCAAAAGCUGUUUAGUCCAGUUUGAAGACUUUGGCAAUCAUAAUGCAUUUAGGUUUCUUGAGAAGUACAGAGAAAACUACUGUACAUUCAAUGAUGACAUUCAAGGCACAGCAGCUGUAGCAGUUGCUGGUAUUCUAACAAGUCUUUUAAUCACCAAAGUGCCUGUCAAGAGCAAUGUUUUUCUUUUUCAAGGAGCAGGGGAGGCUUCAAUAGGCAUUGCUAAGUUGUUGACAAAGGCAAUAAUGAAAACAGGUCUGACCAAGCAAGAAGCCUUAAACCAAAUCUGGCUUGUAGAUUCUAAAGGACUCAUUGUCAAGAACCGUCCCAAGGGUGGAGUAGAUGGAGAGAAGACAAUGUUUGCCAAGGAUCACCAGCCCAUUGAUAACUUGGAAGAUAUUGUUUCAAGUCUCAAGCCAACGUGUAUCAUUGGUGCUGCUGCUAUCCCUGGAGCAUUCAAUGAAAAAAUUCUGACUAAGAUGGGCCAGAUGAAUGAUCGACCAAUCAUUUUUGCUCUAAGCAACCCUACAAGUAAAGCUGAAUGUACAGCAGAAGCUGCUUACACAGCCACAGAUGGCAGAGCUGUGUUUGCAAGUGGAAGUCCAUUUGACCCAGUGCAUUACAAAGGGAAGGUGUAUCACCCAGGUCAGGGCAACAAUGCCUAUGUGUUUCCUGGUAUAGCUCUGGCUGUCAUUGCUGUAGACAUUCGUUGUAUCACAGAGGAUGUCUUCUUGGCUGCUGCAGAGUCACUAGCAAUGAUGAUCACCAAAGAAAACCUGGAAGAUGGCAGGGUUUAUCCAUCUUUGUGCAAUAUAAGAUCUGUCUCUCUGAAACUGGCUGAGGAUGUUAUCAAUUUUGCUUACGAAAAAGAUUUAGCACAUCGAUAUCCAAGACCUGAAAAUGUCAAGCAGUUUCUGCAGGAUUUUGUCUAUGACACAGACUACGACUCCUUCAUCCCCCCUCUCUAUGACUGGCCAGCAUACACUCACAAGCAGCCUCAUUUUUAAUUUAUUUUUGGCUCUCAGAUUUUGAAAAAUGUUUUUGACUUAAUGUGCCCUAAUCAAGUCAUUCCAAAGCUUAUUGUUGGAUGUCUUAAAUUUUUUAGACAAGGACACAUAAGUUACUGACCUUUUAGCUUAUCUUCAGAAACAUAAUUUGAGUUGAUAAUUUUUUUUAAAAUGCGUCACCACUGCUUGCAAUAUUAAUAAACAGGUAUUGGUAUUCAGACUUUUAAAUACUCUAACAGUGUUUUUAUAUUGCUCUAGCUCCAUGACAAUUUAGUUAAUACCUGAUGUUCUCUUGUUUUUAGUCACAAAAGAGUGAAAUAUUUUAUAUUUAACACUGAAUAGAAGUGAAAUUUCAAUGUGAUUUUGUUUUUAAAAACAUUUAGUAAAAAUGUGUUGCCAUAGUAUUUUGUUUCAGAAUGUGAUUCCUUCAACUUCAUCAUUUCUAACACUAUCUGUGAUAUAAAUAUUCUAAAAUCUGACUCGUCCAUUUCUUAAACUAACUACAUGAUGAGGGAAACAUUUUGUGGCAGAUAGAAAACAACCAGUUAUACCUUAUUUUACCAUUGGGACCAAAUACUAUUUUUUAUUCAACUUAGAUAUGUAUUGAGAAACUGAUAUAAAGGGACAUUUAGAGAUGCCAGCCUACAGAUUUUAUUUUUAUAAAGGCUGAAAAUGAUUUUUAUUAAAAUUUUAGCUCCAUCUUUUAUUGAUCACCGGUGAUGUUUUUGAACAGGAAUCUAAUCAUUUAUUAUGUGUUCAUUUAAGAUUCAACUAACAUUAAAAAUCAGCCAACCUUAUGAUUAUGAGAUCUUAAACUUUAAUUUACAAUGUAUUUUUUUUUAUCUGUUUAUAAGAUUAAAAUAAAAGUGAUAUUAUGGAUACAUCCUUUUUCACAAAAAAUUUAACAUACCGAUUUUUGACAUCUUCAACAACUAUUUUUAAGCUGAGGUUGCCAUCACGAACACAAGUUGUAUUUUAACAUCUCAAAAAACUGUAUACCAUCAGGUGUUCAUUAUAUACCAGCAACAAAUUUUGAAUUAGAGCAAAUUCAUUCUCUUCCUAUGCGCUAGUAUGUAACAUUAAUUUAUUCUAUUCAUCUCAUUUUAAUUUACCUCUCCACAUACACAAGACAUUUGCUGCCCCUAAUUAUGAUGUAGAGAAAAAUCAAAAUAUAUUACUGAAUGUAGAUGAUUAUUGCACUGUCUCCACCAUCCACUUCAGAUGAUAAAUUAUUACUGCCAUUCGGCUCUGUAUAAUUUCUGAGUACGAAUAAGAGUAUUUAUUUGGUAGUCACGUUUUAUUGUUUAUCUUGCAUUUUUAGAAUUUUUUCAAUCACAUUUGUAUAGAUUAUAUUUUUGCACUUCUGUAGUGUAUCUUAAAUUUAAAUAAAUGAUUUUAAAAAAUUUAUUCUAAAUGAUAUAGCUUUUACUUGCCAAUUUUAUUUUCAUUGAAGUAUUGAAGAGAAAAUAAAUUUCUUAGACAAGCUAAGAAAUCCUGUGU